AUGUCGUCCAAUGAUCUCUCAAAAUCGUUCGACACUGUGCCUAAGCUCACUGGGAAAGAAAAUUACCUGGUAUGGCAUCAGAGGUUGACAGUUGUUCUCUUCAUGACUCAAACUCGCUCGUUUGUUCUCUCCACCACCAUUGCGCCAACUGCUACCACUACAACUUCCUCCACUGGAUCAUCCCUCUUGCUCGAAGCCUGGAACAAACGAGAUGGACAAGUUGCUGCCGCCAUCCUCCACUCCACUUCUGAGGAUAUCCUCUCUGCUCAUCUUCACCUUCUAUCUCCUCUUGAUCCUCCUUUGACCAAUCAACCGGUUUCCACCACCAUCUUCCCUGCUUAUCGAGCUCAAACAAUCUAUGAUUCGCUCAAGAAGACAUAUGGAACUAAUGGGGUACAAUACUCGUUCGCUCUGGCGAAGAAAUUUGUGGAUAAUAGGUGUUCAGAGGAUGAGGAUGUUGAAGAAUGGGUGAACAAAGUCCUCGCUCAAUAUCGUGAUCUCAAAGUUCUUUCGUACGAUCUCAAUCAACUCUGUGGCAAUGUUCUUCUCAAUGGUCUCCCUGAUCGCUUCAGUUCGUUCAUUGAUGGCAUUUGGAAGGAAGAUGAUACCCCGUCUGUGGAAAACAUCAAGAUCAAAAUUCUUCGAGUGAGCGCAGAAGGCAGGGAAGGGACCAAGCAAGGAUCAUCCCUGUGCUCGAUGUGGAUCGGUCGAUUGGUAGACUGCCCAGUUCCUGCAUUCUUGAAUGAGCAUGGCAGAACCAAGAAAUGGAAGGGGAAGAAAGAAAAGGAUCGAUCGAACAAGGUUGCCGCUCCUGUAGAGACUAAGACAGAGGCAGCUGCCAUUGUGUAA